CGCACAGGAGCGUGGUGAUGAGCUUCGACAGCGGCCCGCUGGAGGAGGUGGCGGCAGGGGUAGCCCAGGCCCAGGGCAGUAGGGCCAGGGGCAUCCCGAUUUUCACGGACUCUGGACAUUGGCUGGCUAAAGAGGAGGCUGGCUAAGCCAGUCUGAAGUCCACCAGGCAGGUGGUUAGGACGGAAGAUGACAAGCAGGCUGGAAUCCCAGGGGCACGAGCCGUUUGGGGUCCCUGAGUUCUGGGAAGGCCUCAAGGUCUUACCUGAUUAGGUCACGCCCACCCAGGGUAAACCCCCUUUUGAUCAAACUUAAAGUAACUAAGGAGGGCCUUUGUGUGAUUUUUCUGUGAAAGAAAAAUCUUUUCACAGCAGCACCUCGGUCGGUGUUUGAUUGAACAGCAGGGCUGUGGUUCAGCCUCCAAGUUGACCUACAAACUGACCAUUACAGUCCACCCCUUACCAGCUUGCCUCCUACACACAGCUCCCUAAACCAUACUCAGUCUCCAGAGAAAGACACUAACAGUCAACCCCCACCUACCAGGACAUAACGGACCCCCAUAUGAACAAAAACACACUAACGCUUUCCCCAAAGGACGCAAAGUCCUUGUGCGUUGAUGUUCGCACUUCUCCUUUGAUCCCCCAAACUUCAAUACUGAGAUACAGGGUUAACUGUUACGAACACAUCUUACGUUAGAUGAUACGGGGGUGAGAAAGUGAAUAAAAUAAAAGCAUUUGAUUAAUACAUACACACACAUAUUCAUAUCAGAAAAAGGAAGCAAUACUCAUAACAGUAUCAGUCCUCCUGUCUGUGACCAGUCCCAUGAUUGUAGCUGGGAUUCGUAACUACCUUCUCCCACCACCCAUCCCAUAUUCCAUUUGCCCACCACAAGUAUCUUAACUGGUCACGGUUCUUUGCCCGGUGGGUGACCCAAGCUUCAUUAUUUUUUUUUUUCUUGGCCGCGCCAUGUGGCUUAUGGAAUUUUAGUUCCCCGACCAGGGAUCAAACCUGGGGCCCCAGCAGUGAGAGUGCCAACUCAUAACCACUGGACCAGCAGGGAAUUCCCCCAGCCUUCAUUCUUGAAAGCUCUGGAUCACUAGCAGUCCUGCUGGACUUGGGUUGGUAUCGUUUUCCAUUGACUGUGUCCCAGGGAUUGCACGUGCUGAGAGAGGCCGUGAGGAAUCUCCUGUCUCGCGGACCUACUCUCUCACUCGCACACGGGAGCAACCUGACUUCCCAGUGAUGACGGUCAGGAUCUGUCCCCACAGCCAGAGCGGCCACCCUGCUCUCUGCAGGAUCACUGUGUCUCGGGGGGGAACCGUUCCUCCCUUUGGAGCAAAGCCCUCCGGCCCAGCGGAGCCUCAAGUCCUGGGGGUGGGAAGCAAACAUUUCGCUGGUGAAGCUCUAAGGGGCGUAGUGGGUGGUCCCACCCGCACUUCUGCCCGUGGUUCCUGGAUGUGUGAACACUAACUGUAGGAGAAUCAGCCCUGUAUACUGGACGCUGGUUUAGAGCAUUGGUGGCCUCCCAGAGGACACUGCCUCAGCCCCACCAGGUCUGGCCACCCAGCUGGUCCCAGAGCUGGGUCUCCAGAAGGCCAUUUCACUGUUCUCUCCAGCCAGCUGCUUCAGUGGCCAUGAUGGUGAGAGUCACGGUGGCAGCAGCCUCUCGGUAACGGCCAGUGGCUGUGGUGAUGGCUGCACUGGCGUGGUAUUGGUGGUUGUAUGUCUGGCAGCCAUGACUAUGAUGACUGGGGCAGCUGGGGCCGUGAAGGUGGAGAGCGGCCACGGUGACGGUGACCAUGGUUACAGUGGCUGUAAGGUGAUGAUAACGGCUGUGAUGUAGCAGCUGUGAUGGGGAUGGAUGGUGGCCAGGGUGACGGCAGCCGUGAUGCUGGUGGAUACAGUGGCAGUGGCCACAGUGAUGAUGGACCGUGGGUAUGGUGAUGGUGGUCAUGAUGGUGGGUACGAUGGUGACAGUGGCCAUGGUGUUUGGUGACUUUUGAUAAUGGCCAUGAUGGUGGUGGCGUGGGCAGCUGUGGCCAUAGUGACGGAGAGUAGCCACGGUCAUGAUGGCUUUGGUGGCUUGGAUAUGGUGAGAGUGGCUAAGGUGGCAGUGCUUCUGGUGGCAGUGACAGAUGCAUGGUGGGAGGCCGUGUCUGUGGUUCGGGUGGCAGCCGGAGUGGCUGUGGCUAUGGUGGUCGUGAUGGGGGUGCCGUGGUGGACUGCGGCCCCGAUGUGGUGGUCGCGGCCGCGAAUGGGCUGGUCCGCGUCUCACCUGGCCUCUAGGUUUGCGGGCAGAGGAGCCGGUGCCUGACGACCGCUACCGCGCCGUCUACUUUGCAACGCUCCUGGCUGGCGUGGGCUUCCUGCUGCCGUACAAUAGCUUCAUCACCGACGUGGACUACCUGCACCACAAGUACCCAGGGACCUCGAUUGUGUUUGACAUGAGCCUCACCUACAUCCUGGUGGCGCUGGUGGCUGUGCUCCUGAACAACGCGCUGGUGGAGAGGCUGAGCCUGCACACGAGGAUCACCGCGGGUACGCCGCCGCUGCCCACCCGGCUCCCGGCCCUCACACCUGGCCGUCACAUGCCCUCCAUUCCCUGCGUGCGCCUCACUCUCCUCGUCUGCUACCUCUUAGCCUUGGGCCCCCUCCUGUUCAUCAGCAUCUGCGACGUGUGGCUGCAGCUCUUCUCUCGGGACCAGGCUUAUGCCAUCAACCUGGCUGCGGUGGGCACCGUGGCCUUCGGCUGCACAGUGCAGCAAUCCAGCUUCUACGGGUACACGGGGAUGCUGCCCAAGAGGUACACGCAGGGGGUGAUGACGGGGGAGACACGGGGGCCGCCCCACCCUCAGCCCAGCCGCAAGCACUUCGGAGCACCUCGUCCAGAUGUCCUCAGUCUUCCUUCCGGGCCUGGAUGGGCCAGGCUCAGCCGUGCUGUGGGGCAGGACUCAGGCACGGCGGGCGUGAUGGUCUCCCUGAGCCGUAUCCUCACGAAGCUGCUGCUACCCGACGAGCGGGCCGGCACGCUCAUCUUCUUCCUGGUCUCCGCGGGCCUGGAGCUGCUCUGCUUCCUGCUGCACCUGCUGGUGCGGGGCAGCCGCUUCGUGCUCUACCACACGGCGCGGCCCCGCCCCAGCCACACGGCCGGCUACCGCGUGCACCACGACGUGGCCGCCGAGGACGUGCACUUUGAGCACCAGGGCCCAGGCCUGGCCAACGGCGGGUCCCCGAAGGACAGCCCAGCCCACGAGGUGACCGGCGGCGGGGGAGCCUACACGCGCUUUGAUGUGCCUCGGCCGAGAACCAGGCGCAGCUGGCCCUCCUUCCGAGCCCUGCUGCUGCACCGCUACGUGGUGGCCCGCGUCAUCUGGGCGGACAUGCUCUCCAUUGCCGUGACCUACUUCAUCACGCUGUGCCUGUUUCCGGGUCUCGAGUCUGAGAUCCACCACUGCAUCCUGGGCGAGUGGCUGCCCAUUCUCAUCAUGGCCGUGUUCAACCUGUCUGACUUCGUGGGCAAGAUCCUGGCGGCGCUGCCCAUGGACUGGCAGGGCACCCACUUGCUGGCCUGCGCCUGCCUCCGUGUGGUCUUCAUCCCCCUCUUCAUCCUGUGCGUCUACCCCAGCAGCACGCCCGCCCUCCGCCACCCGGCCUGGCCCUGCAUCCUCUCCCUGCUCAUGGGCAUCAGCAACGGCUACUUCGGCAGCGUGCCCAUGAUCCUGGCGGCGGGCAAAGUGAGCCCCAGGCAGCGGGAGCUAGCAGGGAACACCAUGACUGUGUCCUACAUGACGGGGCUGACGCUGGGCUCGGCCGUGGCCUACUGUACCUACAGCCUCACGCGGGACGCCCACGGCACCUGCCCCGACCGCUCCGCCGCCAACGCCUCCUUCCCCGCCGGCCUCUGAGCCAGGCCUGGGCCCCCAGCCCUGCCCAGGGAGGGCUGCCGGGGCCCUUCCCCACCCCUGCCUGCAGUGCCUGCGGGGCCCCGGCCUCCUCCCCGUGCCAAUACCGCCACCCUCUCUGGGCCCACCUGCCCUCACUCCGGCCCCAAGGUUCUGCCAAGUUCUCGGAGGCCUGGACAUGUGGCUGCCACAGGGUCCCGCCAGCACUGUGUUCUGUGUUCCGUCUCACGCCGCCCUUUGCCACCUGCGUGUGUCUAGUGGUCCCAGUGCCAGCCAGGACAGUGACAGACCACCAGCUGGUGUCCCCUUCUGGUGACCCUCACCUGGCUCUGCUUUGAGGGCCCCAUGACCCCAGCCACACCGUCCUCAGCACCUCCUUCACUGGGGACCCCUUGCCCCCAGGUCUCCCCCGUUCCCGUUCUUAAACGCUGGGUCUCCCCAGCAAAAUGCGUUUGCCGUGAAGGAGCUGUAAGCUCUGGGUCUGAAUGGUUUCAGACCACGGUCUGCGCUGGCCUUUUUGCAACCCCAGCUUUGGUGCUGGCCUGGGUGCACCCACCCCAUGCCAGCACCCCGCGUGCACCCUGGUACCCACCUGAUGCCACAGGCCUGGGCGUCUGUGCCUGCCUGGGGACCCCCGAUGACUUCUCUGGAUCCUCCACCUGUGAUACAGGAGGGGGACAGUUUGGGGGCCGCAAAGCAGGGCCCACACCCUGGCUAAAGUCACCCUGUGACCUAGGCCUUGAGCCCUGUCCAGGGAGGCCCAAGGAGGGACAGACGUGCCGGAGUCCCUGGCAAGUAGGAAGGGGUGGGGUCCCCCCAGAGGUCCGGGCUGGUUCGGUGCCCCGAGCUGGGGGCAUUCCCAGAUCAUCCUGCCAAAGGCGGGCUUCUCUACGGGGAGGACAGGUACCCACGGCACCGCUGUGACCACCCUGCCCUUCUGCGUCUGGUGUCCACCCGUCUGUCCACUAACUGUACCGCACUGGCCAUUAAAGAUGAGGGCAGAGCAACUGCCCCACCGCCGCCUCCAAGUAGCGUCUGUGCCGCCAUCGCAGCCCCUGCGGUGGGAGGAGGGGUCCUGGCGGGACACGGCCCACGACUGGGAACCCAGGCUUCCCACCAGACACCUGGUAGGCCCAGGACAGAUUUGUGUGGAGGGGCGGACAGUCGGGGUGGGGAGAGGAAGCAUUUGGGGUUUAAAGGGCACCUUGGUGCCCCUUUGGCCCUCAGAACAGUCAGAGACGGUGGCUGCGUCGCGCCCACUCCAAGGGGGAGAAAAGGAGGGGAGAUGGCUUGCCCCCUGCCCUGAGGGAUCAGAGCCAGGACCGGACGCUGAGCGUUCGGGGGUCCCAUCCCGGCUCUGUUGCUGAUGUGUGUGGUUUGGACAAAUUCCUCCACUAUCCUAUGUUUCAGUUUCCCCAAGACGGGUUGCCCCGCUCUUCGACGUGGGUUCCGUGGAGGAGGGUUGGGGAGGAGGAGGCCGGCUGCCUGAGGGUGGCCUGUGCUCCAGGCAGGCCCGCGACCUUGGGGACACACCCACCUCCGGACAGGCACCGCCCCCUGCAGCCACGUGGGUCAAGACCACGCGGGGCGCCGCCUCAGGGGCCGCUUGGUGGCGCCAGCGUGUCGCUCUUUCCAAGACUGGAUAUGUGGGGGUGGGGCACGCACUACCUCGUGACUCAGUUUCUCUGAAACGGGAGGACCGUCGGAGCCCUUCCCCAGCCACACACCGAGCUGACUGCCUUCGUCAUGGCCGCACCGUUCCCUCCACACACCGCCCUCAAAUAGCAAAGCCGGGUGGCCGUCCGUGUCCCAUCCACGUGCGGUGCGCUGGGUUGCUGGGCAGGUGCCCGUGGGGGCCGGCCUGAGCUGCCCUGGGUAGGGGGCAGGUGGCAACGCCAGGACCUGGGCCCAGCCUCCCCAGUCCCGGCAGGGCUGCCGCCCCUCCAUUGCACACUGGCUCAGGGCCACCCAGACCGGCAGCACUGCUGUCAUUCCUUCCAGUGUGGGUGCAGCCGGGAGGGCUCUGCGCCACGUGUUUUUGUUCUGUGUUUUGUUACUGCCUUGCUCUUAACAGCAGUCCCAGUUGUAGCCUCCUCCACUCUCCUCCUUUUUUUCUGAAGUGUGACUGAUGUACAGUAUUAUGUGAGUUACAGGUGUAUAGUAUAGUGACUCACAGUUUUUAAGGACUGAGCUUCAUUUAUAGUUAUUGUAAAAUAUUGGCUAUAUUCCCCAUGUUGUACAAAUAUCCUUGUAGCUAAUUUUACACCUAAUAGCUUGUACCUCUUACUCCCCUACCCCUAUCUUUCCCUUCCUCCUUUUCCUCUCCCCACUGGUCACCACUAGUUUGUUCUA